CCUCGAGAUCCUCCACCCGAUCUCUUCCCUUCGAAGGAGGAGGUCGUGAGGCUCUUCGCCGUCAUCGCCAUCGCCGCCUCCGUCGCCUUCGCCUGCAACAGAGCCGUCGUCUUCUUCAAUCGCCAGCCCAACCCCUUCUGCGACUCCCGCGAGGCUCCUCAAGACCCGACGUCCGAGUUUUGUGAACCUUGUCCUGCCAAUGGACAUUGUUCCAGUGGCCAACUGGAGUGUUCACAUGGCUACAAGAAGCUAGGGAGGAAAUGCAUAGAGGAUGGAGAAAUUAGCCAAACAGCUAAAAAAUUUACAGAGUGGGUAGAAGACCAUGUCUGCAAUGCACAUGCUCAAGUUUUAUGCAAUGAAGCUGGUAAAAUAUGGUUUGAAGAGGCAGAUAUUAUGAGGUUACUUGAUGAAAAGAAGUCGAGGAACAAUAUGGGUCUGAAAGAAGACACUUUUAUGCUUGCCAAACAAAAGGUUAUAGAUACUUUAAGAAACUCCUUAGAGAAAAGAGCCUUGAUUAAUGGAAGCAAGGAGUAUAAAUGUCCAGACACGCGAGCAGAAUCUUACAAGCCUGUCCUUUGCUGUGUCCGUCAAUGGAUAUAUGGGCAUAUUUUUUCUGUAGCGACAUCUUCUGCAGUUUUUCUUGGUCUCAUGAAAUUUUUAUGGGGUGUGCGGCACAAAAAAAAUCUCUCAGCCAGAGCUGAACAACUUUAUGAGCAGGUAUGUGAGAUCCUUGAGGAAAACGCUUUGACGACAAAGAGCAUGAACCAGGAUGGUGAACCAUGGGUGGUUGCAUCUUGGUUAAGAGACCAUCUACUUUUACCAAGGGAAAGACGGGAUGCCAAGUUAUGGAAGAAGGUUGAAGAACUAUUAUUAGAAGAUUCUCGGAUAGAUCAAUAUCCAAAGUUAGUCAAGGGGGAGUCAAAGGUGGUGUUGGAAUGGCAAGUUGAUAGUUCUCUGAGUUCGAAAAUGCGGCAAAAACGCGCAUUAAGCAAGACCAAGCCUGAGAAGCACGUGGAUAUAUCUUCUAGUUAUCAGAAGCGGGAAUCUACUGUAAAUGCAUCCUUAAAUUCUUGAAAACAUGGCACUGUAUAGUCCAGUCUCAUACUACGUACUCCCUCUGAAAGUGCUGUAAUGUAGAAAUGACGUUGUAUUUUAAGUGUUUGCGAUACAAAUGUAGCGUUUGAGUAAAUCACCUACUUGAAAUGUUAUGGCAAAUUCCAUGACUCCUGAUGUGAUACUGCGGAAUGUUUAUGAUCAGUUUUGGCUGUUUAUUCUUUA